GGGUGAUAUUUCAUUGUUUGUCGACAAUACAGUCACCCUGGGUUGCAGCUGUAGUACAAACAGAUACUUUGCCUCACACUUCAAGUGGAGAUGUUUGAUUCGGAUAUUUCAGGUUACCAUGUUUCAAGCAUCAGCAACUGCACGCUAAAAAUACGAUACUGGAAAGACCUAUUGCAUGCAACACUAUCGCCUAUAAUCCAACAUGGCCAGCCGACAGCAGCCGCUUUUGCCCCUCUCUCAGAGGUACGUCAACGGGGUCCCCGUCCCCGAAAAACGGUUCAGUUUACGGACUUCAGAGAGGUAUUUUGUCUACUUGAUUGUGUUAGUAUUCAUCAGCCUUUGCUACAGCGCCUUAUUUCUGCUGCCGGAACUGCGGACUCGUACCACUUACGUGGAUGCACCGGAAAAGAUGUUCCAACACAGUAUUGACUUGCCGGGCGGUAAUAAAGGGGGCGUAGUUGGGCACAAUCCCUUGGACAAAACGGGGGAGGAUAUACACGGCUCGGAGGACAAAAGGAAAUUUAGGUUACAGCUGCAACUAGAUGAAACUUUACAGCGUGCUAAGAACGCUUUAAACGAUGGCGUGGCCCAGAUAGGUCUCCCUGGUGUUGCCCUAAAUGAUCAAAAUAAAAAGGACGGGGUAGGGGAAGAUGCUAAAUCAGGGGAGAAGUUACCUGUGGGUGGGGCCAAAGAGGAUCAAAAGGAUGUGAAGAAGGAGGUGGAUGAAGAUAAACAGAAGUUCUUGGAGAAGCAGAAAGAGGAUGAAGCCAAACGGAGAGAGGAGCAAAAGCAGGCAGAUCUGAAGAAGGCUGGGGUGAAUUUUGAAGGCAGCAACCUGCCAGACGGUGAGCCCGACGACGAGGAGACCAGGAAACGGAGGAAUGCAGUGCGAGAGAUGAUGCUGCAUGCCUGGAACGGCUAUGAGAAGUACGCUUGGGGGGCCAACGAGCUAAAGCCCAUCUCCCACAUGGGCCACUCAGCAAGCAUCUUCGGCCGCUCCUCGGUCGGCGCAACCAUCAUAGAUGGCAUGGACACCCUCUACAUCAUGGGCCUCAAGGAUAAAUUCCUCAAGGCCCGGACGUACGUCGCCCAUGAUUUCCAUUUCACGGCUACGACUGACCUGUCGGUGUUUGAGGUCAACAUCAGAUUCAUUGGAGGUUUGCUGUCUGCCUAUGCACUGACAGGAGACGAGAUUUUCAAGGAGAAAGCCAAGGAGAUAGCCGACAAGCUGCUCCCAGCAUUCAACACCCCGACUGGCAUACCAUAUGGACUGGUUAAUAUCAAGAGUGGGAGUGGCCGAAACUGGGGCUGGGCCUCGGGAGGCAGUUCCAUCAUUGCCGAAUUCGGAAGUCUGCACCUGGAGUUUGUCUACCUCUCUGAGAUAACGGGGAACCCAGUGUACAGUCAGAAGGUUAACAAAGUCAGGGAGGUCCUUGAUUCCAUGAGCAAGCCUGACGGCCUCUACCCGAACUAUCUCAACCCCAAAACAGGCAAAUGGGGACAGCAACAUGUUUCCCUGGGUGCGCUUGGUGACAGUUUUUACGAGUAUCUACUGAAGUCUUACAUCCAGUCUGGCAAGAAGGACGAGAAGGCCAAGAAGAUGUACUUUGACGCGAUUGCGGCUAUUGAGAGAAAAAUGAAACAGACCUCGCCGGGCGGAAGGACGUUCAUCGGGGAGUGGCGGGCCAAUCGCGUGGAGAAGAAGAUGGACCACCUGUCCUGCUUCUCUGGGGGGAUGUUUGGGCUGGGCGCCCAGUAUUCAGACCGGAAGGACCAUUACCUGGAGCUGGGCGGCCAGAUAACGGAAACCUGUCACCAGGCCUACGACAACACAGCGACCAAAUUAGGCCCCGAGGCUUUCCGGUUUGAGGGUCGCUCGGAGGCCGUGGCCAUGCGACAGAAUGAGAAAUACUACAUCCUGAGGCCUGAGACGAUAGAGUCCUACUUCGUGAUGUGGAGGCUGACACACGAGCAGAAGUACCGGGAGUGGGGCUGGGAGGCAGCGGAGGCUUUGAACAAGCACUGCCGCGUGGACAGCGGUUUUUCCGGCAUACGGGACGUAUAUGCAACCAAAGUCAGUCAUGACGACGUUCAGCAAAGCUUCUUCCUCGCUGAGACGCUCAAGUAUCUCUACCUGCUAUUUUCAAACGACGACCUCCUACCCUUGGACCAGUGGGUGUUGAACACUGAGGCACAUCCGCUACCAGUGCUGAAAAGCUGGAAGCCUUGAGGCCUUCUGUGUUGAUUUGAUUUUUUUUGUUGAUCGCAAUCCCCUUGUUUAAAAACUGGCUUUGCUUACAUAUGUCAUUUUUUAUCAGAGUCCUUGCAACAUCGUCAGAAAUGUGUGUAACACAAGCCACUGCCAAUUCUCUCAGCGUAGCAACAUCCUGGAACCAUUGUGGGUUUUUUCUUCCAAGUUCCCAGUGGAGUUAUGGUGAAGUCUUGAAAUCAGCUGCCAGAAGUACCGUUCAUAUUUUGCCUCAUUGUUCAGCAGUGUGAUUUUUUUGUCAUUCAGGGAUACUCAAGAUUACAUUUUUGGUGUGUAAAAUCAUCAUUGCUUCUACAAAGUGAUACACGGCUGACAUCAGUGCUUGAAUGUCUUUGUUAAGACAAAGAGACGUCAAUGCUGGCUUAAGCUGUGUGGUAUUUUGUGAAAAUGGUGACGAAACCUACCCUGCUUGUGGAGUGAAUAAUUCUAUUUAAUCCCUUGACGCCAGGAGACUGCCACUGGUAUAGCCGCGGCUCAAUGGGAGGAUUAGUGCAUAUCACACAUACAUUCUAUUCAUGCACCUGCGGUUUCAAUAUGGGCCAGCUGCUGGCUCGGGCUCUGCAAUCUGUGCACGCCGCAGUCCAGCAGUCACAGUCAAAAAAAUCCCGGCGUUAAGGGAUCAAGAGGUAAUUUUGGGGUUGGGGAGAAGUUAUAUGUUAUAUUUGGAGUUUUGGCCUUCACUGACCUACAUUUCUACGAAUUGUAUACUCAGUGUUAUUUGGCGGCUGCACCCACUGCUGAUGUGACUCGAAUCAGCCAGCUGCCCCCAGCAAUGUCGAUGGUCAAGUGGUAAGACAUCUGCACUACUAAGCCAGAGACUGUGGGUCCGAGUCCCACCAAAUUAAGGUUGUGACAAUUGUUCACAAGUCUUUGGACAGCACUGAAGAUAUAUAUGUCAGUAUAUCAAUACAUGUCAUUGAAGGGCCAAACGCUCCAUUUAGAAUUUCAAGUUGGAACCAUGUUCAUGCUUUGCCAUGGUAAUGUAAAAAUGGGGGGGAAGGGAAUGUUUACCUUUUCCGUACCUGUCCUCUUUGUUUUUUGUUUUGUUUUUCACUAUAAGUGAUCACGAAGUAAACCUGUUGUUUUGAUUAGGAGUCUUAUUCUGGUAUUGUGCAACAGUUGGGGUAAAAUUUCCUUUUUUUUUUUGUACAGUGAAAUGUCUUGAAUCGGCAGGGAGAGUUUAAUUUUAGUCGUUGAAUCGCCGCAAAUAUUGGAUUUUUUAAAAAUUAAAUCAUCAGUUGUGUGGUAUUUCAUCACAUUCAGUUUUCAGACCACGGCUUCUCUUGUCUGGUUUUAAAAAUCACGCAAAUGCUAAAUCACAGUGACGUGACUUGAAGUAAAGAUGUGAACCCUUUUUAGACACAUAACUUGUUGAACUUUUUUUUUAGUUCGUUGGUGUUACUCUCUUCACUCCUGUACUUAAAACUUUGUGGAGGUGGUGAGAUGUAAACUUACUCGGUAUCUUACUCAUUUAAACUCGUUCUCCAUUUCAGACUUAGUGCAGUCAUCACAUGGGCUUAAGACAUCACUCAAAAUCCUGCCCAGUUAAAUGAAACAAUGAGAUAUUUGCUUCUGUAAAGACAGAAACUGUGCACAGUGAUCUUGUAGACGAGGCAUGUUUUUGUGUUAAUCUCCUAACAUUCAACAAGUGGACACAAGACAGAAAAUUUUGAGUUGCCUGGAGUGUUCUGUUUCUCUACGCCAUUGCACACCUUUGAGGAAUUGAGGAUUGACCCCGCCUCCCCCUCAUGCAUUUACAUGAGUCGUGAAAUCCUUUGGAAUGUCCGCUUACGGGAUGGUCAAUUAUCCUGUUGUACAAAUGUAAACUAGUAUGACCCGACUGUAACAGUUUCCAACCGUUAUAAAGUGUUUUCUGUUAACAAACUCUAUUUUGCCAUUUGCAUUGACAAAAAGUGUAGAUCUGAAAUACAUUUUACCAGUUAGAUCCAACCAGUAGUCUGUAAAUUUUAUUGAAGUAACAUUUUUGGAGAUUUUGUUGAGUGGAACACCUGCAUAUCUGCCAAGAUUGCAUUUAAAUUCAUAAUCAUUUUUCAUUUUGUUCUUUAAUUUUUUCCUUAGUGCACAACCAAUGUACCGGUACUUAGUCUUGGCUUCAAGCAUUUCUAUACAUGUAUAUACACCAUUAGUAGGUUAAUACAAAUCAUAACCACACUGCCAAAGCACGCUUGAGUGCAGUUGGUUUGCACUGGUUUCAGUCUUGAGAAGAGGCCACAGUUGUGUACACAUUCUGAUAUUUUUUUGUUCUGUGAUCAAGUACAGUGCGCAGUGAGUCUUGCACUGGGUUUUAUUUCCAGGAUUUUCCCUUGAAAUAUAUAUUUUUACUCUUCCCAUUACCCACGCAUGAUCCAGCACAGCCUGUGUAAUGAUUGACUCACUGGCUUUCUGCGGAAAGUCUCUGUCCCUCAAUGUGCAGCACAUAACGUGUCCUUGGCCAUGAUUUUGUGCCAAUUCUAAUGAAAGUUAUUUGCAUCGCGCAUCAAAUGCACACACAAAACCAGCUAACACAUCCCACAUCCUUUACAGGCUCUCUUAAGUUCACACCAACAUUUUCUUGCGAGGACUUGGUAGAGGGACCAAGCAUUUUGAAAAUGUAGAUUUUGUUCUUGACACGUGAGCAGAAUAAGCAAUUUUUGCGGCUCGGUGCUGCAUGCUUUGAGAUAUAUUAUCUUCAUUCCAUCCGUGGGACUCAGCCACAUUGGGCCAUUUUUUGUGAUCAGUCAUUCAGGUUUCGUGUACUUUUCAAAAAAACCUGAAAUUUACCUGAUGCCUUUUGACUUGCAAAGUUUCUUUCUUGGGUAUUGAAAUGACUUACUUGUUAGGAAUAGACCCCUGUACUGAUGAUGCCACAGUGUGAGCGUGUUUUCCUACGGUGUUCAGUGGACUGUGGCCUGCCCCCACCCCAGCUCCAUGGGCCAUAGGAAAGUGCACAUGUAAACAAAGUGUGGUGUCAUCAGUGCAUAGGCCCUUUAUGGCAUGGUUAGAGAGUCUGGUGUUGAAAUCUUUUUUUUAUGGGCUCUUAAAGGCUUUAACUUUGUAAAGAAACUGUUCCACGUGAUCUGUCCAAUGACUGCUAAAUAGCUAUAACUAUUCAUUUGCAUAUUAGCAGACAAUUUGGCAUCAAAGUGGUUCAGGAAAUUGUUUUUUUUUAACUGUGCUAAAAGGCAAUAAUUUCAUAAUGUUCUGUACAUUUGAGUGAAGUAAAAACACACAAAAUUUAGCAUUAUAAAAUUAGAAUUAUUUUUCAGAAAUUAGACUCAUACAAAUAAUAUUGAUCCCCCACCUUGUAACAAAAAAA